UCACACAUACACCUAUAAAGGUACUUAUGUUCACUCUGCCUUCACUGCAUCUAUAGCAGCAGAAUCUACACUCAGGGUGAGAAAUGGUAAAAAGAACCGUAUCUGUAAAUUAAUCAGGGCCCUGAUAAGUCUUCGCCGAGGAGCCUCACUGGUGCCUUAUUUACCUGAAGCCUGUAACACGUGUGCUACUGAGGAAGAUAAACCUAGUUAUCUGUCUUUGGUCUUUGUCCCCCUGCAGGGUGGCCCACAUUACUGACAAGGUUUGCCAGCCACGGGGCGACACCCGAGCAGGCCUUCGCUUACUCUUUACAGCAAAUCUGCUUGUGAGCCAUUCAGACUCAUCCAUUAUUGAACGUCCACAGUUUCCGUUUCAUGCAAAGCGAGAAGACAGAGAGAAAAACAAACAGCGGGUGCCGCCACCCAGACAGGCACAGUGGUCAGUGGAACGGCGGACAGCAUGGAGGACGGCCAGACAGACUGCAUGGGUGUACACAAUGAGAUACAGACAGAAACACAAAGUGUGCCACUCUCUCAGCCUUCCGAGGAGCAGCCCAUUAUACAACAGGAUAAUCAAGAUCAGGAAAAUCCUAAGAGCUGCAGUGAGAAUGAACAAGAAACACAUGCUGAUCCUGAGCUAGAAGAAAAAAAUCAGAAACCUCAUGAAGAAUCUGAAGAGUAUGAAGAAGAGCAAAAUCUAGAUAGACAACAGGAGGAAUGGUUUGAACUAGAAGAACAGCUCCAGUCCUCGUAUCUAAUGUCAGGCUAUGAAGGUGUGCCCACUAACACAAAGGGAAUCUCCUCUGAACUCUGCUGGUACUGCAUUAAAUCCCUUCCGAGUGAAGAACAAAGUUUACCACAGCUCCAGCUGGAGAAUGAGGCUUUAGCCACACUCAAUGGUGGUGAGCACUUAAACUACCUUCAGGACCCCAGGCCUCAUUUUGGGGUGGCACGCUCCUCGCGCUCUAUACCUUUCCCACUGUGGGACAGUGAGCGUCCCAGAGAGAUGAAGAGGGAUGCAGAUGAGGAGGAUGCAGAUUUUGUUACUAGUUGCCCGCACUGCCAUCUGGGGCUUCCACUUGAUACAUUACGCUGGCAUGAGGAAAAAUGCCUGUCAUUUGAAGGCCCGAAAACGGAUGCGUGAAAUUAAAUGUCAAGGGGAAAGAGGUCAGGUUUAUGAUUUACUGAAUUGUUAGAUCAGAAGCAAGCCUGUCUGAAGCAAGUAAUUUGUGCGGCAAUAAGGAGUUCAUUUAUUUAAAAAAAGGCUGUCAGCUAUUGUACAAUAUUUCCUUCGUAAAACUAUUUAUAAAUUAUGUUACAGGAUGACGUUUUAUUAGCUUUGAUAGACAGUAUUAGUGCCUAGGUUUGUUAGACUGCAUGCUGCAUCAUUAGUUAUAUUUAAUCUGUUUUCUUUUUUAAUUUAGUAUAUUGUUGACUGCCUUUGAAUGGAAUGUAUAGUAAGACACAGGAUUGAUGAGAUUUAAUACUACUAAUCUUACCUAUAGUUUUGAACACUUUAUUAAGAUAUAUUAAUGCUAAAUGUAAAUAUCUGUUGUAAUGUGCAAUGCUGUCAAAUAAAUGCUUUAUUAACUUUG